UCUCUCGUUCUUCUUCUUCUUCUUCUUCUUCUUCUUCUUCGAUGUCUCUAGGGCACAAAUCCCCUUCAGAGACCUUGAAGAAUCUGGUAAUGGGGGCUGGUUUUGCGGUGCUUCGCAAGGGUUUCAACCCCUCCAAAUGCAAGACGGAGGCGAAGAUGGCGAUCGCGAGGAUCAAGCUAUUGAGGAACAAGAGGGAGGUUCAGGUUCGUCAGAUGCGCCGCGACAUUGCCAUGUUGCUUGAGUCUCGACAGGAGGACACCGCCAGAAUCCGGGUUGAGCAUGUGAUCCGGGAACAGAAUGUUUUGGCUGCCAAUGAGAUCAUUGAGCUCUUUUGUGAGUUAGUUGUGUCACGGAUUUCGAUCAUUGCGAAACAAAGGGACUGUCCGGCGGAUUUGAGAGAAGGGAUCUCGAGCUUGUUAUAUGCAGCGCCGAGGUGCUCUGAAAUUCCAGAGCUUUCUCGAAUCCGUGAUGUUUUUGAGAAGAAGUAUGGGAAGGAUUUUGUAUCAGCUGCAGUUGAUUUGCGUCCAAAUGCUGGUGUUAAUAAUAUGCUGAUUGAGAAGUUAUCUGUCCGAAAACCUUCUGGUGAAAAGAAGCUGAAUAUCAUGAAGGAAAUAGCAAAGGAAUUUCUGGUUGAAUGGGAUGCAACAGAAUCUGAGAAGGAGCUACUUAAACCUCCAGAAGAACACCUGGAAGGGCCCAAAUCAUUUGUUAGUGCCAGUAGCAUGCCUGUGAAUUCUGUUCCUUUCCGACAAGGUGUUCAACCAAGUGAGCUUAGGUCAUUUAACGAUGAGAGCUCGGGAAUGCAAUUCAAGGACACAGCUUCAGCUGUUCAAGCAGCUGCAGACUGUGCACAGAAGGCGGCAUCUGCCGCACAGGCUGCUGCUUAUCUGGCCCAACAGAGUUCUAAAUUUGAUCAAGCAAGAACUUUUGGGACCCAAGCUCCAAAUUUCAGCAAAUUUAACAGUUCAGAUGUUUUACAAACUCAACCUUCAUAUUCUACUCAGAACUUUGAGCCAAAUAGUCCUUCAAAAAAUCAACCCAAUUUUGCUGACAGAGUGUCCAAUUCUCAGAGUUUUAAUAACUCCAAUUUUACUCCCAAGAAGACUGAUAGAAGUUCUAGCUACACUGUGCCCAAGAAGCAUUCAGACAUAAACUUUGACGACUCUGAUGGAUUAGAGUCAGAAUCUGACAAUGAAGAUGGGCUUGGAACGUAUUCCAGAAGAAGUGCUCCCCCUCCAGAUCGAGAUCCUCCAGUGCCACCUUCUUACAUUUCUCCUUCAGAAGACAAGACUGAUGCUGGUGAACUGCCAGGCACGAAUAAUAUUAACUCAUUUUCUCGUGUUCAUCCAAAGUUGCCGGAUUAUGAUGUUCUUGCUGCCCGCUUUGAAGCACUCAAACGGCAUAGAAAUUCAACAGGAUGAAAUCAAGUAGUCUACUAUUUUGCAUUUACAUGUAUUUUUGGCAAUAUAUUUUCUUUUCUGUUCAGGAAUCUUACUUACAAUGUGGUGGCUAUAUUCAAUAUUUGGUUAUCAAUAAAUAGUCAAUCAUGACUAAUUAAUUAUAAUAAUAUGUUCAUGA